AUGAUAAGAUCAGAGUUAGAAGAUCGUGUUAAAAAAGAAAAAAGUAUGAAUCAACCAAGUGGUGAACUAAGUAUGUUAGAAGAUGAUGGUGGAGUUGUUUGUUCAAUUGAUCACAUCAAGAAUUGA